AUGGGUGCUCAUGGCUCCAACAUGGAUGAUAUUCUGGCGGAAGACAUGCACCAUUGGUACAACAAGUUCAUGAAGGGCUCCCCGUCAGGGGUCAUCACGCUGUUUGAGCUCAAGGCCAUGCUGGAGAUGCGGGGCAUGACCGAGGAGGCCAGCAGCUACGUGGACCAAGUCUUCUUCACAUUUGACAUGGACGGGGACGGAUAUAUAGACUUUGUGGAAUAUAUAGCAGCAGUAAGUUUAUUACUGAAAGGAGAAGUCAAUCAGAAGCUGAAAUGGUAUUUCAAGCUCUUCGAUCAAGACGGAAAUGGAAAAAUAGACAGAGAUGAAAUGGAGACAAUAUUCAAGGCAAUUCAAGAUAUCACUCGUAAAUAUGACAUCCCUCCUGAGGAAAUAGUGGAACUCAUCUACACAAGGGUCGAUGUCAACGGCGAGGGAGAACUUACCCUGGAAGAGUUUAUCAGUGGGGCGAAGGAGCAUCCAGACAUCAUGGAGAUGCUGACCAAGAUGAUGGAUCUCACUCACGUCCUGGAAAUCAUAGUCAAGGGCCAGAAGCCUAAAGAGUGACUUUCACAAGAGGGAAAACCAUAUUUUUAAAAGCCAUUUUGUCUGAGAGGGUUGGCCCCAAG